AUGGUAGACGGAGGAGAUAAACUUUACGCAUCUUCAAUGACCACAGGAGAACAAUUGUUUCAGGUACCGCUUUUCAGUUCAUCAGGGUUAUCAGAAGGAGAACAUACUUUGGUUAUGACUAAUGAAUGUUGGUUGAAUGCUGGGGAAGUGACGAACGGGUAUGCUAAUGAUUACUUCGGAAUUGACUUUCUCGUCGUUGAAGGAACACCCUUGAAACCUUCUACGCCAAGUAGUACCACCAGUACCAGUACGAGUCAUCUCACUACGACUAAAACCACACCCACCUUCAUCUCCACUGACACGUCCUUGAUCCCUGCUACCACCUCUAAGCAAAUCAUUUCUUCAGCCUCUAUCAUCCUACAAUCAGAUACCAUCAACCCCUUACCAUCCACGAUAAGUUCUUCGGAAAUAUCAACAAAUGCACCUACUUUAGUCUCAGGAACAAUCAACGUCAUCUCUUCAAGUGGAACAUUCACCAUUCCCGCUCCUAAUACAUCUGUACCUGAUGGAACACAAGGUGGUGUUACUACUGUUCUCUCUGGUUCUCUUUCGGUUCAUAGACAAUGUCCGAUUAUACUUUAUAUCUUUGUUUGGUUCUGGGUCAUGCGGAUAAUCAACUUUGGACGAUGA